GUGUGACGUCAUCUGUUGCUUGAGGUUCCCAGACAUUUUGGAGCUGCGGAGGGCGUGGAAGAGGAAAGGUGCAGCCCCGAACCCCCGCGGAUCGGCCUAGUCCUUUGACAGCAUCUGACACGAGUACGGAUCCCAGGAUCACUGUGAUCCGUGAUGCUAUAGAAGAAAGCAAGACGGGGAGUGGUUCAAACUUCGUUGCUGACUGGGAACGGACCUUAUAGAGGAGCCCAUGUUACAAUCAAAACCAUCCGCCUUCCAACCGCAAGUUUUAACUUCUGUAAGUUUCAGGGCGGGAAGCCCGCGCAAAUUAUAGAGCCGGAUCUAUGGCGACCGAGCAUCUGCCAGCAGAGAGAGCACAGUCACUUCUCUCUGCCCCCCGGCGCGAGGAAGAGCCGCAGAAACCCAACUAUGCUCUCAGACUUACUCUUGCGGGGCACUCGGCGGCCAUAUCAUCAGUUAAAUUUAGUCCUAAUGGCGAAUGGCUAGCGAGUUCUGCAGCUGAUGCACUAAUUAUAAUUUGGGGAGCAUACGAUGGGAAUUGUAAGAAAACACUCUAUGGUCACAGUCUGGAAAUAUCAGAUGUUGCCUGGUCUUCAGAUUCUAGUCGUCUAGUUUCAGCCUCAGAUGAUAAGACUCUAAAGGUAUGGGAUAUGAGAUCUGGAAAAUGUCUGAAAACACUGAAGGGGCACAGCGAUUUCGUCUUCUGUUGUGACUUCAACCCACCAUCCAACCUCAUCGUUUCGGGCUCUUUUGAUGAGAGUGUGAAAAUAUGGGAAGUAAAAACAGGAAAAUGCCUCAAGACUUUGUCUGCACAUUCGGACCCCAUUUCUGCCGUAAAUUUUAAUUGUAAUGGGUCCUUGAUAGUGUCCGGGAGCUAUGAUGGGCUUUGUAGAAUUUGGGAUGCUGCGUCAGGCCAGUGUUUAAGGACACUUGCUGAUGAAGGCAACCCUCCAGUGUCUUUUGUAAAAUUUUCUCCAAAUGGUAAAUACAUUCUCACUGCAACUUUGGACAAUACUCUUAAACUGUGGGAUUACAGCAGGGGCAGAUGCCUGAAGACAUACACUGGUCAUAAGAAUGAGAAAUACUGCCUAUUUGCCAGUUUCUCGGUUACUGGUAGAAAGUGGGUUGUGUCUGGUUCAGAGGACAACAUGGUUUACAUCUGGAAUCUUCAGACUAAAGAGAUUGUACAGAGGUUGCAAGGUCACACAGAUGUGGUGAUCUCAGCAGCCUGUCACCCUACAAAAAACAUCAUCGCAUCAGCAGCACUAGAAAAUGACAAGACAAUUAAAGUGUGGUCGAGUGACUGCUGAAGUCUCUGGCAGGCGAUGAGGAAAGCCAAGUUAGACACAAAAUCCAAAGGAUGGUCUCUCUGGAUUCUGGCAAAGCUUAAACUGUCCUUGAGUCUGAAUCAUCUUACUUUGCAAAGUGAGACCCUUGUAAAAACAGGUCUAGGACUUAGGGCUUGUGAAUCCUAGUCUUGAGGCCUGCUAGGAAUCUCCUGUGCUCACCCCUGGACAGAGCCUCAUUCUUUCACUGGCUUUCCCAGGGGGGUAAGGUUUUUGGAAUAUCUGGAAAGGUGACACAACAGGAUGACCCAGGGGAGGAGGGACGUGUAGCCUCUGGUUUGGGAGGUCAUUAAGGGCAGUGACAUUAGGGAGGCAAUGAGAGGAUUGGAGACAUUUUACAUGUCACUUGUAUAUUUUUGUUAUUCAAUAUGAUUGGGCAUCAAAUUGCCAAAUUAAUCUGUCAAGUUGGGGACAAUAAAUCAUGGUCCGGUUUGUUCUA